AUGGGUGAUGAGAGCAGCCUGUCGCGGCAGAUAGGGAGCGUGGAGAGGAGCAUGGUGUUCCUCAGGCAGGAGCACCUCACUUUACUCCACGGCCUCCACCUGGAGAUCCUCUCCCUGCAGAAACGAUGCUCAGAGUUGACAAGUGAGCUGAAGGUGAAGCCUCCAGGCAGAAGCCAAAUAGAGUUACAGGAGGAAGAGGAGCUCCUGGAGGCCAGCUGUCGGCACAUGGAGAAACAUCUGGCCGAGCGGGACUGCACCUUAGGAGAGCUUCGCAAGGAGCUGACUCACAAAGGGGCUUUGGUGGGAGCCCUCAGAGCUAAUCUCAAGGAGAAGGAGCGCCAUUUCCUGGAGGAGCUCAAACGCCGCAGCCACUGUUCCACCAUCCUCAACACAGAGCUACAGAAACAAACCGAGGCAGCAGCAUACCUCUCCUUCCAGCUGCAUGCUGCCAGGCAGAAACUGCACCACCAGCGGAUGCAGCAGAGGCAGGGACUCCUUGCCAGAGCCAACAGUCAGGGGGCCCAGUAUGGUGCCGAGCAGAACUCGGUUUCUCCACAGAUGCCAUCAGGAGCCUCGCCUUCCUCUCCAGUGGUAAAACCCAAGCGCAAAAGUGCUCGGGCCUCUGCGAGAGUGGAGCGGGCGCGGGAGUGUGUGCCCAUAGAGAAAGUGCUGGGCCCUGCAGAGCCCACAGCGAUGCCGGACCCUGCGCUCUUCCUCCACCCUCGACGGCACAGGGCUCGUUCCAGGCAAGCUGUGGUGCAAAGACAGCCUCCGCUGGGCCUGGAGAAGGAGGAUGAAGAGGACGGAGGUGCAGAGGGGCCUGUGGAGCACCAGGACGAAGCUGCCAGACUCAUAUCUACAGCUGCAGCGCCCCCUGCUGCUGAGACGAAGGCAGAUUAG